AUGGACAACUUUUGGGAGAGAAUAGUGACAAUUGUUAUGGUUUCCUCUGCCAUCAUAGUUCCCAGAGCUGUUAAUGGAUCAAUUCCGGCAUUGUUUGCAUUUGGAGACUCAAUCCUUGAUACAGGAAAUAACAACAACCUUGCAUCAUUAAGUAAGUGCAAUUUUCCUCCAUAUGGAAGAGAUUUCAUUGGAGGAAGAGCUACAGGAAGAUGGAGUGAUGGAAAAGUUCCCUCAGAUUUGAUAGCGGCGGCUCUGGGAAUCAAAGAAACGUUGCCAGCUUAUCUGGACCCCAACUUACAGAGUCAAGACCUCCCAACUGGGGUAGGCUUUGCUUCAGGUGGCUCAGGGAAUGAUAAUAUAACUUCUGGCGUACAGGGAGUUUUAUCAAUGUCCGCCCAACUACAAUUGUUCCAAGAUUACAUAAAAAAGUUGAGAGCAGUUGUUGGAGAUCAAAAUGCAUCUUCCAUCAUAUCCAACGGCUUGUAUCUGAUUUCAGCGGGCAACAAUGACAUUGCCUUUGCUUAUUCUUCCACGGCAAGGAGAUUGAUGUUAUUCCCUACAUAUGCUGAUCUUGUAGUUACGUGGCAUUCAAAUUUUGUCAAGGAACUAUAUCAACUUGGAGCACGACGCGUGUGGGUUUUAAGUACAUUGCCAUUGGGAUGCUUGCCUGGAGCUAGAAAUUCAUUAGGUGGACCCUUAAGGCUUUGUGUAGAAAUUGUGAAUCAACAAGCACAGAUAUACAAUGCAAAAUUAGCAUCAGCGAUGUCUACAAUUAGAACCAGUCUUUCCAAUUAUGACCUUGAGUUCGUUGAUGUCUACACUCCUCUGCUUAAUAUCAUACGGAAUCCAGUAGGAGCAGGGUUUAUAAGCGCUGUGAACGGGUGUUGUGGGACUGGGACACUUGAAAUGGGAAGUUCAUGUAACGUACUCAUUGGCUCUUGUCCAAAUCCUUCAGCACAUGUUUUCUGGGAUGCUGGCCAUCCAACUCAGAGAACAUAUGAGCUCAUUGUCGCUUCUAUAUUACAAACACACAAUGUUUCGAACUCUAUUGCUGCUUCUCCUUUGAAGUUUGAGUAA